AGGAGUCUACUAGAUCUCCGGGCUCGCUGCGGUCAACCCCUUCACUCGUUCAUUUUUUUCGGUCCAUACUAAAGCUGUCUUCUUCGCUAUCUCGAUCGCAAACAUGUCUUAUCUUCAGAACCAGCUGAAGAGUUUCAACGCCAGCGUCGUUGACUCCGCGAGUCGACUCGGGCAGCAGAGACGCUUCAACCAUCAGAACAACACGACCACCUCCGCAAGCAGCUCGCAGCUUCCCUCCUCCACAUCGACACCGACUCCGGGCGGCGGAGAUCGCAAACGCCACGAUGACAUUGUCUACUCACAGCCCGCGAAUACCGGCACGGGCAAGGACAUCAUGACGCAGGUCAUCUUCGCGAUCGAGCACAUGAAGGCGAAGGGCGUGCCGCUCAAGUUCCCCGACAUCGUUUCCUACCUCUCCCUGCAGCACCGCGCCAACGACCAGGGCUACGUCCAGGCCCUGCGAAGCAUCCUGCAGGUGCACGACAAGGUGCAGUACGACCCCCGCGGCGCCAACGGCGAGGGCACCUUCAGCUUCCGGCCUCCGCACAACAUCCGCACCGCGGAGCAGCUCCUCAAAAAGCUCCAGACGCAGUCCACGGGCGCGGGCAUGAGCGUCCGCGAGCUCCGGGAGGGGUGGCCGAACGUGGAGGACACGAUUAACCAGCUCGAGAAGGAUGGGAAGCUCUUGGUGACGCGGAACAAGAAGGACGACCAUGCGAAGAUGGUCUGGGCUAACGACCCGUCGCUGAUCCAGCACUUCGACGACGAGUUCCGGCAGAUUUGGGAGAAGAUCAAGAUCCCAGACCAGCAGACCGUCAAGGAGGAGCUGGAGCGCGCCGGAAUCGUCCCCACCAACAAGAACAAGGUCGUCAAGCAGCGGCCCAAGAUCGAGCACAAGAAGGUCAAGAAGCCUCGCCGCAGCGGGAAGACGACCAACACCCACAUGAUGGGCGUUUUGCGGGAUUACUCUCACCUGAAGCGGUAAGGAGUUCAUGCGAUCGGUAUUGUCCCCCGACAAUCCGUCCUUGCUCGCUUGUUUGGCUCCUCUAAAGAAAAACAAAAAAGAAAGCCUACAAGCCUUUGAAAAAGGUAUAGCGGGGGGUUCUCUUCAUUUUCCUUUUUUUACUCGGACUUUGCAUUAUACUGGCGUUUGGUGGGUAAACAUUAGACGCAGGAAAAGGAUAUACUUCUGAUUUCUCUGCUAUUUUUGACCAGAUCUUAUCUGCGCUUGGUCAUGUUUGUCUUCUGGCGAUCUUCAUCGCCCUCGCUGUAUAAUAUAAAGGCAAAAUCGAUACCCAACUAAUUUAAACAAUUG